CUGGAGGGACAUUUGGAUAGCGUUAAUUCUGUCUCAUUCUCGCCUGAUGGGAAGCGUAUCGCGUCGGGCUCCCGGGAUGGAAUAGCCAGAAUUUGGGACAUUGAGAGCGGUGAGGUGCUAUGCGAAUUUUUUCAAGACGAUGGAUUCAGUAUCACUUCUGUCGCAUUCUCCCCAGACGGCCGUCGUAUCGCCUCCGAGUCGUGGGACGGGACAGUCACAAUCUGGGACAUUGAGUCGAGGGAAGCGGUCUCCGGGCCAUUUAAAGGGCACACCGAAGGUGUGUGGGCUGUCGCAGUUUCACCUGGCGGAACACUCAUUGCAUCGGCGUCGGAGGACAAAAUGAUAAGAGUGUGGGACGUCAAGAGCGGGUCCACCGUCCAUGUUCUUGAAGGACAUACUGCUGCUGUACGUUCUUUCGUCUUCUCCUUUGACGGGAAGCGAAUCGUUUCGGGCUCAUAUGACAAGACGAUUCGAGUCUGGGACGCGACAACAGGGCGGGCCAUUGGUGAGCCUUUUGUAGGGCACACGGACGAAGUCUGGUCUGUGGCAAUCUCGCCCGACGGCAAGCACAUUGUCUCUGGCUCAAGUGAUUUCACAGUGAGAGUCUGGGACUUGGAGAGC